UUCACAAGUUGCAGAAAAACUACAUCCACUGAUUUAAUAGAUAAUCUUUGAAAACAAAUAACAACUCAUAUUUCAUCUUCCUAGAGCAAAGUCAUCUCUAAUCUAAACAACUUUGAUUCAUUUCUGUUCUCACAUCUGAAAAUGGCUGAUGCUUUACUUGGUAUCGUGAUUCAAAACCUCGGAUCUUUUGUACAAGAGGAGCUUGCUACCUAUUUGGGUGUUGGAGAAUUGACCCAAAGACUAUCUAGAAAGCUCACUUUAAUCCGUGCUGUCCUAAAAGAUGCUGAAAAGAAGCAAAUAACAAAUGAUGCUGUGAAAGAGUGGUUACAGCAACUGCGUGAUGCUGCUUAUGUGCUUGAUGAUAUAUUGGACGAAUGUUCAAUAACCUUAAAAGCACAUGGCGACAACAAGCGGAUCACUCGUUUCCAUCCUAUGAAGAUUUUGGCUCGUCGCAACAUUGGAAAGAGGAUGAAGGAGAUUGCUAAAGAGAUCGAUGAUAUUGCUGAAGAAAGGAUGAAGUUCGGAUUGCAGGUGGGGGUCAUGGAGCACCAACCAGAAGAUGAAGAGUGGCGGCAAACUACCUCUGUCAUCACUGAAUCCAAAGUAUAUGGAAGAGACAGAGAUAAAGAACAAAUUGUUGAGUAUCUUCUGAGGCAUGCUAGCAAUAGUGAAGAUCUCUCUGUCUAUUCCAUUGUUGGCCUAGGUGGAUAUGGAAAAACAACACUUGCUCAAUUGGUAUACAAGGAUGAAAGCGUAACCACCCAUUUUGAUUUGAAAAUAUGGGUUUGUGUUUCAGAUGAUUUCAGCAUCAUGAAAAUCCUACACUCUAUCAUAGAAUCUGCCACUGGACAAAAUCAUAAUCUCUCGACUUUAGAAUUAAUGCAAAAAAAAGUUCAAGAAGUUUUGCAAAGCAAAAAGUAUUUACUUGUACUGGAUGAUGUGUGGAACCAUGAACAAAUAAAAUGGGAAAAGUUGAAGCAUUAUUUGAAGAGUGGAAAUACAAUGAAAGGUUCAUCUAUUUUAGUCACAACACGACUUGAUAUUGUUGCAUCCAUCAUGGGAACUCACCCUGCUCACCAUUUGGUAGGUUUAUAUGACGACGACAUUUGGACAUUAUUUAAACAACACGCUUUUGGACCUAAUGGGGAAGAGCCUGCAGAGCUUGCAGCAAUAGGCAAGGAGAUAGUGAUAAAAUGUGUGGGUUCACCACUUGCUGCCAAGGUUUUGGGAAGCCUUUUGCGCUUUAAAAAUGAGGAACAUCAAUGGCUUUCUGUAAAGGAAAGUGAGCUUUGGAAGUUAUCUGAGGAUAACCCUAUCAUGUCUGCUUUGAGACUAAGCUACUUUAAUUUGAAUUUGUCCUUAAGGCCGUGUUUUACUUUUUGUGCUGUUUUUCCUAAGGAUUUUGAAAUGGUGAAGGAAAAUCUCAUUCAACUUUGGAUGGCUAAUGGACUUGUUACAUCUAGAGGAAACUUACAGAUGGAGCAUGUUGGUAAUGAGGUAUGGAAUGAAUUAUACCAAAGGUCAUUUUUUCAAGAAGUUAAAUCAGAUUUUGUAGGUAACAUUACAUUCAAAAUGCAUGAUUUAGUCCAUGAUUUAGCUCACCAUAUAAGUUAUUUCGCUUCAAAAGUAAAUUUGAAUCCCUUAACAAAAAUUGAAUCAUUGGAACCUUUCUUGACAUUGAAUCAUCACCCUUCAUUGGUUCAUAUGUGUUUCCAUCUGUCACUCCUCUCCGAGCUUUACGUACAAGGUCUUGUCAUCUCUCUGCAUUGAAGAAUUUAAUGCAUUUGCGGUACUUGGAACUUUACAAGAGUGAUAUAAAAACCUUGCCUGCGUCUGUUUGUAGAUUGCAGAAAUUGCAAACACUUAAACUUGAAGGUUGUGAUUAUCUUUCUAGUUUUCCGAAACAAUUGACACAAUUGCAUGACCUUAGACAUCUUGUUAUUAUUGCUUGCCAGAGAUUGACAUCAACUCCUUUUAGAAUUGGGGAGUUAACUUGUCUGAAAACAUUGACUACUUUCAUUGUUGGUUCAAAAAAUGGGUUUGGUUUAGCAGAGCUACACAACUUGCAAUUAGGAGGCAAGCUACACAUCAAAGGCCUUCAGAAAGUGUUGAAUGAAGAGGAUGCAAGAAAAGCUAAUUUGAUUGGCAAGAAGGACUUAAAUCGCUUAUAUUUGUCAUGGGGUGGUUAUGCUAAUUCACAAGUUGGUGGUGUUGAUGCCGAGCGAGUACUGGAAGCUCUUGAGCCUCAUUCAGGUCUUAAGAGUUUUGGGGUGCAGAGUUUUAUGGGAACACAAUUUCCUCCUUGGAUGAGAAAUACUUCUAUUCUAAAAGGUUUAGUUCAUAUUAUUUUCUAUGGCUGUAAAAACUGCAGGCAGCUUCCUCCAUUUGGUAAAUUACCAUGUUUAACUAACCUUCAUGUAUCUGGAAUGAGAGAUAUAAAGUACAUUGAUGAUGACUUCUAUGAACCUGCAACUGAGAAGGCUUUUAUGUCAUUGAAAAAGUUGACUUUGUGUGACUUACCAAAUUUAGAGAAGGUGUUGGAAGUCGAAGGAGUAGAGAUGCUACCCCAACUUUUGAAGUUACAUAUAACAGAUGUCCCUAAACUUGCAUUGCAGUCCCUUCCAUCUGUGGAGUCACUUUCUGUUAGUGGAGGAAAUGAAGAAUUAUUGAAGUCCUUUUCUUACAACAAUUGCAGUAAAGAUGUAGCUUCCUCUUCACGGGGAAUUGCCAGUAACAAUCUUAAGUCACUUCGGAUAGAAGACUUCGACGGACUCAAGGAAUUACCUGUUGAACUCAGUAGACUUAGUGCUUUAGAAUCUCUUACAAUUACAUAUUGUGAUGAAAUGGAGUCAUUUUCAGAGCACUUGUUGCAAUGUUUGAGCUCUCUUCGAACUUUGACCAUUAAUGGAUGCGGUAGAUUUAAACCCCUGUCCAAUGGUAUGAGACACCUAACUUGUCUUGAGACACUUCAUAUCCGUUACUGUCUACAGUUAGUUUUUCCACAUAACAUGAACAGUCUAACUUCCCUUCGCCGACUGCUACUCUGGAAUUGUAAUGAGAACAUACUAGAUGGCAUAGAAGGCAUCCCCUCACUGCAAAAAUUGUCUCUGUAUCAUUUUCCUUCACUAACAUCAUUGCCAGACUGUUUGGGUGCCAUGACUUCUCUUCAAGUAUUAGACAUCUAUGAGUUUCCAAAUUUAAAAUCACUGCCAGACAACUUUCAGCAACUCCAAAACUUGCAAUAUUUAAGUAUUGGUCGUUGUCCUAAGUUGGAGAAGAGAUGCAAGAGAGGAAAAGGUGAAGAUUGGCAUAAGAUAGCUCACAUUCCUCAAGUUGAAUUGAAUUUCAAAUUGCAAUCUGAUGCAGAACCAACAAAACCAACAAUUAGUGAAGAUAAACUGCCAGCAUGUGGGCAAUUUAUGGAAGUUCUUAUAAAAUACAAUGUCCAGAGAGAUUUUGACAGCAUGAUUGAAGAUAUAGACGUGUAACGCUCUGAUAGAAAGAUUUGCUGUAUUUAUUUAUCUAUUUUUAAUAAUCAUGUAUCCAUUCUUUUUUCUCUUUUUAGUGGAAAAAGUUUGGCCAAAUUGGUGUAUGGUUCAGUUAUUUUCUUAAGAAUUUGAAACUUCAACUA